AUGCCACCGAAGAAGGCUUCAGGCAGCUCAACCUCUAAAGCGAGCCAUGCGAUCCGUGCUGCAGCGCUACUCUCGAAAGCGCGGGCACAGGCAUCCUCUUCGCCUGCCGCCCACGCUCGAUCCAGCUCCACGCCCUCCCCCACCAAACCUGCCACUUCCUUCACCAGUAUAUCAUCAAAAGCAACAUCAUCGUCAGUAGCAUCUCCCGCGGGUGAGAAAGCUAUGUCACUGCCAGAUUUGCUCAAGACACUCUCGUCGAAAGGUGGUCUUCCCCUGCGAGACGCCAUGGCGGUCGCGGGCAAACUCAUCAAUGCACGUGCUAAUACUCCAUCCUCUCUGGCUCACAUCUCCCUUAUCAUGCUGCAAGAUAUCGGGAUAGAGUCGGAAGAAGAUCGUAAGCGAACUGUUCUCGCUUUUAAAGGCAAGAAAGCUGCGGGUAUAGUCUCCUCUUCUCCUUCCGGCGGCGUUGCGGCUUCAACAAAAGGGACAAACGCGAUGGGGCUUGCACUGGAUUUUGGCGCAAAUCGCAAGCGUCGACGAAUAGCAGAGGACGAUGAAACACUCAGUCGAGAGUACGGCAACAUGAAAGCGCUAGAUGAUCGUCCCGGAUCUUGUCGACGGCCUAAACUCGAGAUCGAAUAUACGUUCAACGAGAUCCUCGACCAGACGCUCCUGCAAGGAAGAUACGCCGUCGUCAAUCGUGCGCCCGUCAUGACCGUCUGGGCCACCAUCCUGCUGGAAAAGCUCAACUUCAGUCGUCCCGAAGCCCUGAGUUUAGCUCACUGCUACGUCAACUACACUAGUACCAUGCGAGGCAUUAGUCUCGGUAUCAUCCCAGCAGCAGAAAAGGAGCGCGCGGUGCACAUUGUCGGACCCAAUCAACCACAUUUCGAACUCAUGGGGGUCAAGAUCCCCGUGAUGCAGAUGCAAGACGGUUCGUAUCGAGGUAUCAGUGCUGGCGAAGUGGUGGGGCCGGAAAAGGCCUUCAACUACAUGCGUCGAUCCAUGGCUCAGACGCUCUCAAGCGUGGUGGGCGCGCUCACAUUGUUGGCCGACAGCUUCAUGGAGCCGAUACAGGAACAAGAAGGAAGCCAGACGGACACGAAAACAGAAGCGAUGAAAUACGGUGCAGAUCUGCUCAACUCGCGUGGGUACGAUCUGUAUGCCGAAUUCCGACCAUCGACGUCGGGGGAAUGGGGCAAAAAAGGAAGGCUAUGGUACGAUAAGGUCCUCGCUUUGCGGCGUGGAUAUGAGUCAGACUGGGUGAAAUGGAAGGACAGAGAGGCACGGCUGGAAAAGGAUGGGCCGCUGGAAGAAGACUGGAGUGAAGACGUAGAACGGCUGGUUCAACAAGAAUUGGCAGAGCAGCAGAAGCAACAACAAGCAGCGGACGUAGCCAAUUCAGAGGAUCCCAAGAACGACGCUCGCUCUGUAUCUAGCAUCACCGCUAUCGGCGACUAG